UGGGUCAUGAGCACUCUGUCUUCUCCUCUGCUGAUUUCUAGUUUGAAGAUCAAUCUCACUGCAAUGGGAAAGCACAUCUUGCUGCUCCUAUUGGGUCUGUGUUUGCUGGUGAACUCCCUCCAAGCUUUGACAUGUGUCACGUGUGAAAGGUUCAAUUCUCAGGGGAUUUGUGAGAGAGGAGAAGGAUGCUGUCAGGCUAAACCUGGUCAGAAAUGUGCCUCACUUAUAACCUAUAGAGAUGGCAAAUUUCUGCUUGGAAGCCAGAGAUGUGCUGAUGUUUGCUUUAAAGGGACUGUUGAGAAUGGAGGUCUGACUGCAAAAAUGAAGUGUUGCUCAAAGUCUUUCUGUAAUACAGUAAAUAUAUGA